AGCGGCCUCUGCCUGGAGCAGGGAGCAUGUCGGGGCAGGCGGCGUCUGCGACAGCCCAGGGCAAGGGGGCUUGUCGGGUCGAGUCGCGCUCCACUUGUCUGGCUCAAGCACGCUCGACUCACCCUGUCUCUCGGGCACCUUUGUCAGCAGUUGCGCGGGUUAUCGUGUCAGUUAUUGGCGUAUCGCCCCGCCAGGUUCUCAUGACCACGGUGCGCCGCGUCGUAAUUGUGUCUCUCUUCGUGGCAGCUAUCGUGCGAGCGGAGAGCUCCCAGCCGCAAGACGCUUGCGAGGACGAGCGGGAGGUUAGCAGCCUCCUGCAGGCGGCGAGCAGAGUCAGCCAGAAUCGAGAGGUGUGCCCACCCCCAGGGUUUGAUUCGGUCGGGAACUUCAACAUAUCGGACUACAUAUCGGCGCCGUGGUAUGUCCAGAUGCAGUCGGAAGUGUCGUACCUGCCGGUGGAGCGAUUUUUUUGCGUGCGAGCCAACUACACGGAGACGACGCCUGGAAUGUUCUCACAAGCACAGGCGGAGUUGAUUGUCGACAACUAUGCCAGAGAGGGCUCCACUUCAGGGCCUGAGUCUGACGAGUUCCCACUGAGGGCGUCUAUCGUUGACCUCAACCAGCCCUCAAAGCUCCUCGUCGGGCCACCAUUCUUGCCAGUCUUUCUCCGAGGUCCUUAUUGGGUCGUGGCAAUCAGCGAGCAGCCGUAUGAAUGGGCCAUCGUCUCUGGCGGACCGCCCACGAAGCAGGGAGCGGAUGGCUGUCUCACUCCCGGGACUGGUCUGAACCCCAAUGGCAACGGAGAGGGCGUCUUUCUGCUCACCCGGGAGCCACUGGCGCCGAACAGCACCGUGGACAUGCUGGUGAACCAGGCGGAGGCGCUGGGUUUCGACACUAGCGUCUUGUUGCCAGUCGUGCACGAAGGCUGCUGCGGCGAGAGGUACGGUCAGCCGUGCUGAUUUGGGUGACCUAAUAAUCAUUGACCCUCGAACGCGCACCAGGAGCUCGGCUCUGCGUCUAAUUCGAUGCCGUCUCAAAACACUUGGGAUUGUGAGCGCGCCCGCGAGUGCGGGAGUCCCGAGCUGGUGUGCGUGCCUCAGUCUCUCUCGCGGCUUGCCGAGUGGGACCCGCUCUUGGCAGCACCGGGCCGGGCUGCCCGAUGCUUCGUUGGACGGUCUGGCCCCGAACAGUUGGAUCUCUUCGCUGUUGCUCGAGGCCCCGUGUCGUAGGUGGAGUGUUGCAGUGGUGCCGUGGCGCGUGGCACUGCAUGCCGUCGCGUCGCAAUUGUGCGUUCUGGUUUCGAUCUCGCGAACAUGCGAGCCAGGUCUGCCGCCAGUUCGUCAGGACACAGAGCGCAUGUGAUUGGGAGUUUCGACGCGUCCCGCCCACCCCUAAAAGGAGAG